ACGUUGUCGUGCAAUAUGAGGGUGAUACCUUCAACUGUUGAUCUGCAUGCUGUAGCUGAAGGAGCAAAGAAAUACAUAGUAAAUUUGAACACAAGGAUGUGUAGUUGCGGAAGAUUUCAACAUUAUGAGAUACCAUGUGGUCAUGCAAUUGCUGUUCUCCGGUACAGGAAGUUACAUGAAGCAGAUUUCUGUUCUGCUUUUUAUAGCCUCAAGAAUUUCAAAGAUGCUUAUGCCAUUCCUGUCGAGCCUAUCCCGUGCGAGAGUACAUGGGAUAUACCAAGUUAUAUUUCAGAUCCUAAAUUGAUGCCGCCUGGUCCAAAAAGAGCAGCAGGAAGACCCAAACUUGAACGGUGGAAAGGAUUCGCAGAUGUGAAAUUCAAGAAGACAAAAAGCACAUGCAGUAGAUGCCAUCAGGUUGGACACAAUAGGAAGACUUGUUCAAAUUAUCCUGUACAAAAACAAUGAUGUCGUAAUGUUAAAUC